CACUUUCCCAGCCCUGCUGUUGUACAUUCCAAGGUUCCAGGUUUCGGGGACCGGAAUGCUCCUCGGCCGCCAUCCUUGUUGGCGCCAGAACCCUGCGUUUCCCGCCAUAAAAGCCUCGACUUUCCGGCUCCGGAGGCUGCCAAGCUCAAACCCUUCGCUUCGCUUCGCCGCCGGAGACCGCGAGCCUCGAUCUUUCGCCGCCGAAGAGAUGGGCAAGCCCAAGCAGUACUGGCUCCUGAAGACCGAGCCGGGCGAGUGGUCCUGGGACGACCAGGUGGCCUCCGACGGCGGCGUCGCCGAGUGGGACGGCGUCAAGAACAAGCAGGCUCAGAAGAACCUCAAGUCCAUGCGCCUCCGCGACCUCUGCCUCUUCUACCACUCCGGGGCCAAGGCUCGCCGCGUCGUCGGCGUCGUCGAGGUGGCGCGCCAGUGGUACGAGGAAGGGGACGGCGGCCAUGGCGGCGGCGGCGACGGGGCGGUGGACGUGAGGGUGGUGGGGGAGAUGAGGAGGCACGUGGAGCUGGCGGAGCUGAAGGGGGACGGAGCGCUCAAGGGGUUCGCGCUGCUGAGGCAGCCGAGGCUGUCGGUGGUGCCGGUGGCGGCGGAUGUGUGGGAGAGGAUAUGCGAGCUGGGAGGUGGGUACGAGGGGGAUGGCGGAGAUGCGGACGACGGCGACGGUGAGGGCUGAGGAAUGAGAGAGGGAACUGUUGCCUUGUAGGUGUUUGUGGAAAUGUCGCAGCGGGAAGUGUUUUUUGAGGUUGUGGUGGGAUAUGUCCCAUUUUGUGUUGAUUGUAAAUAUCAGGGGAUGCUUAGUCGUGAAAGUCAGUCGUCCCCUUCCUUUUGGCAAUCCUGUAAAUCGUUGCUCGGCAUGCUGCAGACUUCCAUGGAAUAGAUGAACCAUUAUCUUCCUUAAGAA